AUGUUCUUCCUGCUGUUUGUGAUGGUGGCUUUUGUGCUGCCUUUUUACGUCAUUUAUAAGCCGCCGAAUGCGUUGAUACGGUAUUUUCAGCGGAGGUGGCCCGAUGUGCUUUGGCACGUGCCUUUGGCGAAAACAACGGGAGGAGAGAAAGUCAUUGCUUUGACAAUCGACGAUGCGCCGUCGGAGUACACGAAAGAGAUUUUGCAAGUAUUAGAGGAAUACGAUGCGCACGCAACGUUCUUCGUCAUCGGAGGCCAGGUCCCAGGAAGACAAGAAGCACUCGAGGCUCUCGUGGAAAGCGGCAUGGAACUUGGAAACCACGCCAUGCACGACGAGCCAUCUCGUUCUCUCAGCCCCUCGACCCUCACCGCAGAAGUAACCCAAGUAGAAGGCUACAUCAACGGCACCUACGACGCAGUCGGGAAACCGCAUCCGCCACGUUACUUCCGUCCUGGCUCGGGAUUCUUCAGCACGAGGAUGAGGGCGCAGAUUAAGGAGAUGGGGUACCAGAUGGUGCUGGGUAGUGUGUAUCCUCAUGAUCCGCAGAUUGCCCACCCGGCGGUUAAUGCGAGGCAUGUGCUGAGUAUGGUGAGGGAGGGCAGUAUUGUUAUUUGUCAUGAUCGGAGGGGGUGGACGGCGCCGAUGUUGAGGAAGGUGUUGCCCGUGUUGAAGAGGAGGGGGUAUAGGGUUACGACUGUGUCGGGGUUGUUGGACGCGGCGGGGAGGGGGUGA